UUUCAUCAGCGGAUUUUCACAAACAUCUCCAUCUUUAAACAUGAAAUUGCUAUGAAAUUAAACCAUCGACAAGUUGUAAGGACGGCCAUUAGCCAAUUUGACAUCAAACUCGCCAUCACAGUAACAGUUCCCUGUGUAGAAUAAAAUAAAUCAAAAGGAUACUAGGACAAGUCCUAUUUGCGUAUCACUGCUUGGGGUAAAUCAGUGUUUGACUAGGCCUCCUGAGAUCACUGUUUCAGAGAGCAUCUUCGAUAUACGAGAUUUCUCAAGAUCAUGGGGUUUGCUAUUUCCAGCCGUUGAUCGCUCAUCUAACAAGAUUCUAUGAGAGAUGGAAGCGAUAUGGCUGUACCAGUUUCGACUCAUCGUCAUUGGGGACUCGACAGUAGGAAAGUCGUGCCUGAUCCGGCGAUUCACAGAGGGACGCUUUGCGCAUGUGUCCGACCCCACAGUCGGUGUAGACUUCUUCUCACGCCUAGUGGAGAUAGAACCAGGCAAACGCAUUAAACUUCAAAUCUGGGACACAGCCGGACAGGAGCGAUUCAGGUCUAUUACCAGGGCUUAUUACCGUAAUUCUGUUGGGGGGCUGCUGCUGUUCGACAUCACCAACCGUCGCUCCUUCCAGAAUGUGCAUGAGUGGCUGGAGGAGGCCCGGAGUCACGUCCAGCCUCACAGCAUUGUCUUUCUGUUGGUGGGCCACAAGUGCGACCUGGAGCCCCAGAGGCAGGUGAGCCAGCAAGAGGCGGAGAAGCUGGCAGGUACCUAUGGUAUGCGUUACGUGGAGACAUCGGCUCGCGACGCCAUCAACGUGGAAAAGGCCUUCACUGAGCUAACGCGGGACAUCUUCGAGCUCGUGAAGAGCGGUGACAUCAACAUCCAGGAGGGUUGGGAGGGGGUGAAGAGUGGCUUGGUGCCCAACGUGGUGCACUCCUCAGAAGAGGUCACCAAGAGCGGCCGCCGGUGCCUCUGCUGAUUAGCCUGUCUGUCUAGUUGGCUUCACUCCUCCCAGCCCAUGCAGUCCUGUUAUAUUAUGUCCCACUAGCUCACAAUCUUGUCACAUAUAUAGCUCUCUCACUCCCAUUCUGACUACUGGAAGGCCAUUUCUGCUCUAGUCUACCACUGAAUAAAACAUGAAUACAGCUACUUUCCACAGUAACCUUCCUGGCAUCUGUCUUACCUGUUACAGGCACUUGAAAGACAAGAAAUGGCCUGUUUUAUGAUUUCGUUGUCCUCCCUGUAUUUAUGCUUCAUCUUGUGCCCCACAGAAGGAACACACCUCAAACUUUACACGUCUGUUCUGUGUUCUGGAGUCUGGAGAGCUCACAUGGCUGUGUGCAAUGCCUCCUCUGCUUUUGGUGUGAGACUGAUGGCACCACCAGACACAUGAACAACCAAGAACACUAUAGUGUAUUGCCAUCAUCCUUUUCAUCACAGAUGGAACCAAAGCUUGCGUGGACUGAAUCAGUUCUACAUGAGUAUCAACAGGGAAUUUGUACAGUUGAGUGUUUGGUAGGCUGCACUGUGAGAUGCCUAACAUCAAUGUUUUUCAUUUGCCGUUUUCUUCAUCGUUGCUCAUAUUAAAUGCACAGUUGGGGACACAA